UGGUCAUGGAGAUGGAACAGGUCUUUGGAGAGCUUAAGCUUAAACAUAUGAGCAGCAGUUAAAUACCGUUGCAGGGGCCUGGCCUUCUUCUUCUCUGAGAGGUGAACUGAAUAGACCAUGGAUAUUUUUCUUGUGCUUUUUGGUUGUUUAGCUCUUGUAAUGCUGGUGCAUGGGAAGACUAAACCAGGUUUCAUAAGCAUCGAUUGUGGGUUAGCUCCAGGUUCUGAGUACACUGAUAAUGAAACCCAGAUAAGUUACUUAUCGGAUGCAGAAUACAUAGAUACUGGGAGGAAUUAUAAUGUUUCCGAGGAAAUCACUUCCAGGCAUAAUCUCAAAAAGCAUUUCAUGAAUGUUAGAAGCUUCCCAGAAGGAGCCAGGAACUGUUAUACCUUACGACCAGAACAAGGAAAGGAUAAUAAGUAUUUGAUCAGAGCUUUAUUCAUGUAUGGGAAUUAUGACUCCAAGAAUCAAUUUCCAGAAUUCAAACUAUAUCUGGGUACUGAUGAAUGGGACACUGUCAACAUUGGGGAUUCAUCUACAGCUUUAUGGAAGGAAAUUAUACACGCCCCGAAAACAAAUGACAUAGAUGUGUGUCUAGUAAACAUCGAUUCUGGGACACCUUUCAUUUCAGUGUUAGAGCUUCGACCGCUUAAUAAUUCCAUUUAUGAUAAGACUGAACCCGGGUCACUGCUAUUCUAUAACAGGUGGGAUUUUGGUGCAGAACAAGAUACGGAAAUCAGGGACAAAGAUGAUGUUUUCGACCGCAUUUGGACCCCAUUCAGAUUGGGUUCUUGGGAAUCCAUUAAUGCAUCGUAUGAGAGUUAUACCCUUAGUACCAGUGAAUAUAGGCUUCCACGGACAGUCAUGGCGACUGCUGCAACGCCUGCAAAUGAAAGUGAAUCCUUGCGCCUCUCUUUGAACAUCAGUGGUGAUCCUUCUCAGAAGUUAUACAUGUACAUGCACUUUGCCGAGGUUGAGAAACUCAAUGAAGGCGAGUUGAGAGAAUUUACUAUCUCACUGAAUGAUGAUGAGUCAUGGGGUGGUGGGGCUCUCACUCCUCCAUACCUGUCUUCCGACACGUUGUAUAGUACAAAUUCUGUUAGUGGAAGCACCACAAACAAACUGUUAUUUACAAUUAAAAAGACAGGUAGAUCCACACGUCCGCCCAUUAUCAAUGCUAUGGAGGUUUACAAGAUAAAAGAUUUCUCACAAUCAUCAACUCUCCAAGGCGAUGUUGAUGCUAUCAAGAAGAUCAAAUCAGUGUACACAAUGAGCAGAAACUGGCAAGGAGAUCCAUGUCUCCCGGAGUCGUACCGGUGGACUGGCCUGAGCUGCAGCAAGAGUGGUUCUCCUAGUAUCAUCUCCUUGAACCUCUCAUCCAGCAGUCUGACUGGGAAGAUAGACUCUUCAUUCUCCACUCUCACCUCUUUGCAAUAUUUAGAUUUAUCUUACAAUAACUUAACUGGAGAAAUACCAGAUUUUCUAGCUGAGCUGACUUCCUUGAACUCCCUGAACUUAUCAGGGAACAAUUUCACAGGGUCAGUUCCAUUGGCUCUUCUUAGAAAAUCAGAUAAGGAAUCCCUGUCUUUGAGUUUGGAUGGGAAUCCAUAUCUUUGUAAGACAAACUCAUGUGCUGAGGAGGAAGAGAAGCAGAAGAAGAAGGGUAGGAAUAUUACUGUUCCAGUAGUUGCAUCCGUUGCAUCCAUUGCUUCAGUUCUACUCCUCUUAGCUGCAUUAGCCACCUUGUGGAGAUUUAAAAUAAGAAGAAAGCAUGGAACAGAUGGCAAACCUAAGGAAGAAAAAAAGGUAUUGGAUUCGAAGAAUCAAUGCUUCAGUUACUCUGAGGUGGUGAGCAUCACUGACAACUUCCAAAAGGUGCUCGGAAAAGGAGGAUUUGGAGCAGUUUACAGUGGCCAUUUGAAAGAUGGCACUCAAGUUGCUGUCAAGAUGCUCUCGCCAUCAUCAGCUCAAGGGUCUAAACAAUUCCGGACCGAGGCUCAGCUGUUGGCAAGAGUUCAUCAUAGAAACUUGGCUUCUCUGGUUGGAUACUGUGAUGAAGGUUCAAACAUGGGGCUCAUUUAUGAGUACAUGGCUAAUGGGAACUUAGAAGAGCUUUUAUCAGGUAAAAAUGCACCUGUCUUGAGUUGGGAACAAAGACUUCGAAUUGCAAUUGAUGCAGCACAAGCACUGGAAUAUUUGCAUAAUGGUUGCAAACCACCCAUAAUCCACAGAGAUGUUAAGACUGCAAACAUCUUACUGAAUGAGAAACUGCAAGCCAAAGUUGGGGAUUUUGGGAUGUCCAGAAUCAUUCCCUUUGAAUCUGAAACUCAUGUAUCAACUGCAGUUGUUGGCACGCCCGGGUACCUUGAUCCUGAGUAUUACAUAACAGCGAGGUUGAACGAGAAAAGUGAUGUUUAUAGCUUUGGGAUUGUUCUGUUGGAGCUUAUUUCAGGAAAACCUGCAAUAAUAGGUAGCCAUGGGAACAAGGAGCACAUAGUCCAAUGGGUUAGUCCAAUUAUUUCCAGAGGAGAAAUAAGAAGCAUUGUGGAUCCGAGAUUAGAAGGAGACUUGAUCAACACCAAUUCUGUGUGGAAAGCUGUGGAGACUGCAAUGGCUUGUGUUCCAUCCAUCUCCAUCCAGAGGCCAACCAUGAGUGAGGUGGUAGGGGAACUAAAGGAGUGUUUGAAUAUAGAGAUAAGAGAUGAAAGAGCUUUUAAUGUGAAAGAGGACAAUGGCAUAAUAUCAAGCUAUUCACCUGAAAUGGUUGUUUUAGGUAUUGAUGAAGAUGCAAUGGGUCCCCAAGCAAGGUAGAAAUUUUUGUACAACAUGCAGGCGCAUACUUCUAUCUGUUUCUUGACUACAAACAUGUUUGUAGAACUUAUAUAUUAAUGUUCUUUCCGAAUUUAAUAAUAAUAAAAUAAAA